UCUCACUGCAACAUAUUUUACUUUACUACUAGCUCUGCAUCUGCGUCUCUGUAUAUAUACAUGCUGCUCCUCCCCUAUUGAAUAUUGAGGCUAUUGUAUAUCAAUCAUUCUUCUCCCUCUUUCCACUCACAUUGUCUGCGCUUAAGAGGCGAUUCGUUUCAUUUCAAAGCUCAGCUGUGGAUUGAAUGGGCACCAUGGCAACUGGACAACUUUUCUCCAAGACUACUCAAGCCUUGUUCUACAACUACAAACAACUUCCCAUCCAACGGAUGCUUGAUUUUGAUUUCCUUUGUGGGAGGGAAACUCCUUCCGUUGCUGGAAUUAUAAAUCCUGGUUCGGAAGGAUUCCAGAAACUCUUCUUCGGUCAGGAGGAGAUUGCAAUUCCUGUCCAUCCAGGCAUCGAAGCUGCUUGUGCCGCUCAUCCUACAGCUGAUGUUUUAAUUAACUUUGCAUCAUUUAGAAGUGCUGCUGCUUCCUCCAUGGCUGCUCUCAAGCAGCCAACCAUUAGAGUAGUGGCUAUCAUAGCUGAAGGUGUUCCUGAGUCAGACACCAAGCAGUUGAUUGCUUAUGCAAAAGCAAACAACAAGGUAGUUAUUGGUCCAGCUACGGUUGGAGGAAUUCAGGCUGGAGCUUUUAAAAUUGGUGACACUGCUGGGACCAUUGAUAACAUUAUUCAUUGCAAGCUUUACAGACCAGGAUCUGUUGGCUUUGUUUCCAAAUCUGGUGGUAUGUCUAAUGAAUUGUACAAUACCAUUGCCCGAGUGACGGAUGGAAUUUACGAAGGUAUUGCAAUUGGAGGGGAUGUAUUCCCUGGCUCUACACUGUCUGACCAUGUUCUGCGCUUUAACAACAUUCCACAGGUCAAAAUGAUAGUUGUUCUUGGGGAACUUGGUGGACGGGAUGAAUACUCCUUAGUUGAAGCCCUCCAACAGGGAAAAAUUAACAAGCCAGUGGUUGCUUGGGUCAGUGGAACUUGUGCAAGGCUUUUCAAGUCAGAAGUACAAUUUGGACAUGCGGGAGCAAAGAGUGGUGGUGAGAUGGAGUCUGCACAAGCAAAGAAUCAAGCACUUAGGGAUGCAGGAGCUGUAGUUCCAACCUCAUAUGAAGCUUUUGAAGGAGCCAUCAAAGAAACAUUUGAGAAGUUGGUUGAAGCAGGCAAGAUUACUCCUGUAAAGGAAGUGGUACCUCCACAAAUUCCAGAGGAUCUUAAUACAGCAAUUAAGAGUGGGAAAGUUCGUGCGCCAACUCAUAUUAUUACUACCAUCUGUGAUGAAAGAGGUGAAGAGCCCUGCUAUGCUGGUGUCCCCAUUUUCUCUCUCAUUGAACAGGGAUUAGGUGUGGGUGAUGUCAUUUCUCUAUUGUGGUUCAAACGGAGCCUUCCUCGUUACUGCUCUCGUUUUAUUGAGAUUUGCAUAAUGUUGUGUGCUGACCACGGUCCUUGUGUUUCUGGUGCCCACAACACCAUAGUAACUUCUCGGGCAGGAAAAGAUCUAGUGUCCUGCCUUGUUUCAGGAUUACUGACAAUUGGUCCCCGAUUUGGUGGGGCUAUUGACGAUGCUGCUCGAUACUUCAAGGAUGCGUAUGACAGGGUCCUUACACCUUAUGAAUUCGUGGAAGGUAUGAAGAAGAAGGGCAUUCGAGUGCCAGGAAUUGGUCACAGGAUCAAGAGGGGCGACAACAGAGAUAAGAGAGUGGAACUACUGCAACGUUAUGCCCGUGAAAAUUUCCCUAGUGUAAAAUACAUGGAAUAUGCAGUGGAGGUUGAGACAUACACCCUCUCAAAGGCUAACAACCUAGUCCUUAACGUGGAUGGUGCCAUUGGUUCCCUGUUCUUGGAUCUCCUGGCUGGCAGUGGAAUGUUCAAAAAGGCAGAAAUCGAUGAAAUCGUGGAGAUUGGUUACCUUAACGGCCUCUUUGUCUUGGCCCGAUCCAUUGGUCUCAUUGGGCACACGUUUGACCAGAAGAGAUUAAAGCAGCCGCUGUACCGCCACCCGUGGGAAGAUGUUCUAUACACCAAGUGAGUGCAAACAAGCAUUUUCAAUCGGAAUAUUUUGGGUUAUCCAUUACCAUCUCAUCCCAUGUGUUUCUAUUUGUACCAAGUACUUGAUUAUUCCUUCCUAUUGUAAUUUCUGCACAAAGAGAAUGGCGUGUGGAUUAUACUAAAUGAAAGAUUCAUGAUUGUUAUA